AUGUUUCUUUUCACUAAAAUUACAAAUGAAGGUGUAGUUGCUGUUGCUGGUGAGGCAUUGAGAAUUUUUACCAUUGAAAGAUUAGGAGAAACCUUUAAUGAGACAGUUAUCCCACUUCGAUACACACCUAGAAAAUUUGUGCUGCAGUUUACGCCCAAAAGGAGUUUAGCUGCUGGAUUUAUUCACAUAUAUAGGUUUCUAGAGGAUGGAAGGUCUCUUGAACUACUUCACAAAACUCAAGUUGAAGGCGUUCCUCUUGCUCUAAGUCAGUUUCAGGGAAGAUUACUUGCAGGAAUGGGACCUGUUCUCAGGUUGUAUGAUUUGGGAAAAAGAAGAUUAUUAAGAAAGUGUGAGAAUAAACUAUUCCCCAACACAAUUGUCUCUAUUCAAAUCUACCGUGAUCGAAUUUAUGUUGGUGACAUCCAAGAGUCUUUUCAUUACUGCAAGUAUAGACGGGAUGAAAACCAACUUUACAUAUUCGCUGAUGAUUGUGUUCCGAGAUGGCUUACGGCAUCAUACCACAUAGAUUUUGACACCAUGGCUGGUGCGGACAAGUUUGGAAAUAUCUAUUUCGUGCGGUUGCCGCAAGACGUAUCUGAUGAGAUAGAAGAAGAUCCUACUGGCGGGAGGAUCAAGUGGGAGCAGGGUAAGUUGAAUGGAGCUCCCAAUAAGGUGGAAGAAAUUGUACAAUUUCAUGUUGGCGAUGUGAUCUCAUGCCUGCAAAAGGCCUCUCUUAUACCAGGUGGCGGAGAGUGUAUUUUAUAUGGAACUGUUAUGGGAAGUAUUGGGGCAUUACAUGCUUUUACUUCACGAGAUGAUGUUGAUUUCUUUUCUCAUUUGGAGAUGCAUAUGAGGCAAGAUAAUCCACCUUUGUGCGGAAGAGACCACGUGGCAUAUAGAUCUGCCUAUUUUCAUGUUAAGGAUGUUAUUGAUGGGGACCUAUGUGAGCAAUACCCAACAUUGCCAAUGGAUUUGCAGCGAAAAAUUGCGGAUGAAUUGGACAGGACCCCUGGAGAAAUUCUGAAGAAACCUGUGAAAGUACAAAAAUGUGAUCUUUAG